UCAUCAUCAAAUCUCAAACCAUCGAUCAUUAAUCAAUCAAUCAAUCAUGAAUAAUAAGAAUUCAAUUGGCUGUAUUAUUCGAAUUUAUAAUGAAUAUUCGAAACAACAACAUGUUGAUGGUGGCAACCAUGAAACGAUGAUUCCUUUAUAUUUUAAGGAAGAUGGCCAACGUUUUCGUAUGCAACAAACAUUAAAAAUGCUCACCAAUUCGGCAUAUAAUUUUGAAAUACAAUUCAAAGGAAUUCAUUCGAAUCUGAAAAUUCAAUUGGUAAAAAUUGAUUUAGGUAUUGCUGACCAGCAUGAUAUAUAUUCAUCAACAUUUGUUGAUUUUAAUCAACAUAAUAAUCAUCGUUCAAUGAACAACAAUAAUUCCCGACAAAUUUCAUUUAUUUGGGAUUCGAAUGGAAAAAUUCCCGCAGAAAAAAUUCGUAAAAAACGAAGAGAUUUCUUAACGAUAACAAUCAUUUUAUCCAAUAUGACAACAAUUGAAAUACGAUUUCAAAUUCGUUUCUAUAUGAAACCGGGUAAACAUUUUUGUUGGGGUGAAGAAUUAGAUCAUUGUAAAGGUGAAAUACUGAUCAACAACUGCAAUAAUGAUGAUCACGGUAACCGGACAUCCAAUCCACUGAUGAUAAUAAAUCCAACGUUGAUUGCAAAACCAAAAUAUUUUCGUCUAUUAAAACAUCAGCAGCAACAACAACAAUCAAUGUUGGCAUCCAACUAAAUAACCAAAAGCAAAAAAUUAAUG